GGGCGUGGCUUUACUUAGCGCCGUGAGAUGCUCAGCCAAUUAGCGUCCGGGGUUGGGUUUCCCACUGUCAUGGCGGCGCCCAUGACCCUUUGACAGCGCUGUGACAGAGCUGAUCGCGGAGAUCUCCCUGGGAUUGCUGCCGGCAGUCUGUAGUGACACACAGCGAGGAGAUGGGCACAGUACACGCCCGGAGUCUGGACCCUCUGCCCAUGAAUGGACCCGACUUUGGAUCCCCCGACGAUGCUGAUCUGGUGGAAGUGGAACCUCAGAAGAAACAGGAGAUUCUAGAGAAUAAAGAUGUGGUGGUACAACGCGUUCACUUCGAAGGUCUUGGAAGGACGAAAGAUGAUCUCGUUGCGCAUGAAAUCGGCCAAGUAUUUAAGGCUAAAAACCUCAUUGAAGUUAUGAGAAAGUCUCACGAGGCCCGAGAAAAACUUCUCCGUCUGGGAGUGUUUCGGAAUGUGGAAGUCUUGAUCGAUACCUGCGAAGGGGAAGACGCUGUGCCCAAUGGACUGGACGUGACGUUUGAGGUCACAGAAUUAAGAAGAGUAACAGGAAGUUACAAUACGAUGGUUGGAAACAAUGAAGGAAGCAUGGUUCUCGGGCUGAAACUCCCCAACCUGUUCGGCCGCGCUGAGAAAAUGACUUUCCAGUUUUCCUACGGAACCAAAGAGACGUCCUACGGCCUGUCCUUCUUUAAACCCCAAGUCGGGAACUUUGAACGAAACUUCUCAGUCAACUUGUACAAAGUAACGGGGCAGUUCCCGUGGAGUUCCCUGCGAGAGACCGACCGGGGCGUAUCUGCCGAAAUCAACUUCCCCAUCUGGAAAACCAGCCACACCCUGAAGUGGGAGGGAGUUUGGCGAGAGCUCGGCUGUUUGGCCAGAACCGCGUCAUUUACUAUACGAGAAGAGAGCGGACACACCCUCAAAUCUUCAUUAUCUCACUCCAUGGUGAUUGAUUCUCGUAACGCCUCCAUCCUUCCCAAAAGUGGCGCCUUGCUGAAAAUCAACCAGGAGCUGGCCGGAUACACAGGAGGGGACGUCAGUUUCCUAAAGGAAGACUUUGAGUUGCAGUUGAACAGGCAGCUUACCUGGGACUCUGUGCUGUCGACAUCUCUGUGGGGAGGAAUGUUGGUGCCGAUCGGAGACAGGCCGUCGAGUAUCGCAGACCGGUUCUACCUGGGGGGACCCACGAGCGUGCGAGGAUUCAGCAUGUACAGCAUUGGCCCCCAGAGUGAAGGUGACUAUUUGGGCGGGGAAGCUUACUGGGCUGGGGGCGUGCAUUUAUACACCCCCCUCCCCUUCCGGCCGGGACGCGGGGGAUUCGGGGACCUUUUCAGGACUCACUUCUUCCUGAACGCUGGGAACCUCUGCAACUUGAACUACGGUAAAUUCUGUUUAUCUUCCGUCUGUAAUAUAUUCAACUCUUCCUUCUUUUAUAUUAGAAGUAAUUCCAAAAAAAACAACUUGCUCCUUUUAUCCCUAGGGGAGGGCCCCGGGGCCCAUCUUCGACGAUUGGCUGAAUGUAUCCGCUGGUCCUAUGGGGCGGGGCUAGUUCUGCGCUUGGGGAAUAUCGCGAGACUGGAACUGAAUUAUUGUAUCCCUAUGGGGGUCCAGAGCGGAGACAGGAUCUGCGACGGGGUCCAGUUCGGCGCCGGAAUCCGAUUCCUUUAACCCUCCGACAACCAGCGGCCGACACGCGGGAUUUAAGGGAUGAACCACAGCACUUACCAAAACAUCCUUUUUAUUUCUUCCAAAUGAUCUUUGUGUAAUUAAAGCUGCACUCGGUCUCACAGCGGCCGGAAUAAAGUCUUUAUUGUGUUA